AUGUUACCUUUCGGAGCUCGCCCAGGAAACCUGCACCGGUCCCAUGGCCGACCCUCUGCAAAUACGAACGGCACAGAUUCCGAUGGGUCGGAUGAGUGUAUUCCAGAUCCAGAACCUCAAGAGUUCAAUCCCACCUUAGUGGAUGUACUCAAUGUUCGGCAUUUGUUGCAGUGGAAGCUCCCACGCGGUCUUCCAGAGGAGCUUAUCGAUAUGAUCGUCGAUGCUGCGGAAUAUUGGCCUUCGAUAGAGCGAAAAAUGCAAACUCGGCGGAUCAUUCAAAAAGACCGUGAUCAAGUUCUGCUAAAAACAGUUCCUCUCUGCUAUGAUCGGAAUAGCUUAGGGCAAGAACCGAGUCCUACCCCCUUACCCCAUCGCGGGGCACAUCCCUGUCGCAAGAUAGUCUUCAAUAUCUCAUCCCACGACCAAGGCGGUGGGCGACGCCGUGACAACAUGUAUAAGUUUUCAUACACUUGGUUUGACGUCGAAGUUAUCCACGGCGCCCAUACAAGGAACAUGUAUGUCAAUGGAACCGAGCAAGAGAUUCUCGACAAUGAGCGUGGACAAGUCCGAAAACACUAUACCGAGGCGGAUGCGCUGCUGUUGCCCCGUGACAACAAAUUACAAGUUAAUGGAGCCCACGUGAGCGAUAUGCAGCACAAUAAAAUUGUUUGGGACUAUCGAGAUGAUAUCCAGGCAGACUCUCCCGAGGCAUUUGAGAUUGAGAAGAAUUUGGGUCGUGGUCGGCUUACUCUUGAUGGACAUGGAGUGCGUGAGUUGGAGGUUGGCGAUUCGAUUGCCGUUUGGGCCCGGGCAAGAUUUCUUGGUUGGUCAAAUAACGUUUAUCGAGCAAGUGUGAGGAUAUACUGGGUUGUAUGA